GUAUACCCUUCAUUCACAAUUGCCCCUCUAGACAAGAAAAAUCAAAACUCCUUCCUCGUUCAUUCAUAUAUACGUUGAGAUCACCAUGAUUUCAAGCUUGUUUACAUUUCUAUUUUUCGCGAUAGCGAUAUGGGCAUGGAGGAUAGUGAAUUGGGUGUGGAUUAGGCCGAAAAACAUCGAAAAACGGCUUAGGGCUCAGGGGUUUGGCGGAAACCCUUACCGGAUACUGUAUGGUGACACCAACGACAUGGCGAAGAUGAUCAAAGAGGCGAACUCGAAGCCCAUCAAGCUGUCCGAUGAUGUUCUUCCUCGAGUCAUCCCACUGCACCACCACAUUGUCAGAAAGUAUGGUAAAGCUUGUUUCGUGUGGAUUGGGCCAGUAGCCAGAGUUGUGAUCAUGGAGCCUGAGCUGAUAAAAGAAGUCCUCAACAACAAUCACAUCUUCAAGAAGCCGACACCAAACCCACUUGCCAGAUUCCUCGUCUGCGGAAUAAAUGGCUACGAGGAUGAUAAAUGGUCCAAGCACAGAAAAAUCAUUAAUCCAGCUUUCUACGUCGAGAAGCUUAGGCAUAUGGUGCCGGCAAUGCACAGAAGCUGUGUGGAGAUGAUAGAAAAGUGGGAAAAGUUGGUGGAAAUUGAGGGGGGGAAGAGAAAGGGAAUUGAAAUAGAUGUGGGGCCGUAUUUCGAGGACUUGACGGGGCAAGUGAUAUCGCGAACGGCGUUUGGGAGUAGUUAUGAAGAGGGAAGAAGAAUUUUCGAGCUGCAGAAAGAGCAAGCAGAGCUCACCCGCCAGGUUUUGCAGUCGGUUUACGUUCCAGGAUGGAGGUAUGUCCCAACAAAGAGAAACAGGAGACUGAAAGAAAUCAACGAUGAUCUAUGCUCCCUGUUGAGGGGUAUCAUCAAGCAAAGACAAACGGCCAUGCAAACCGGAAACUCCACAGAGGAUGAUGACUUGUUAGGCAUAUUAUUGAAAUCGAAUGAGAAAGAAAUGAAAGAAAAUGGGAAGAAAUCUGGAAUGAGCAUCGAGGAGGUGAUUGAGGAAUGCAAGACCUUCUACUUUUCCGGACAAGAAAGCACUUCCAAUCUGCUGUCUUGGACGAUGUUUCUGUUGAGCAUUCACCAAGAUUGGCAGAAACGUGCAAGAGAAGAGCUUUUCCAGGUUUUCGGAGACAGCGCACCUGAUUUUGAUGGCUUGAAUCGUCUCAAAAUUGUGACGAUGAUUUUAUACGAGGUGCUAAGACUAUACCCACCAGCCAUAAUAUUCAACAGGAUCAUCCACAAAGAAACGAAGCUAGGAGAAGUAACCCUACCAGCUGGGGUGCAUCUUCAGCUGCCCAUAAUCCUAUUGCAUCACGACCAAAACCUCUGGGGAGAAGAUGCAAAAGAGUUCAAGCCUGAGAGAUUCUCUCAGGGAAUAGCAAAGGCAACCAAGAAUCAGCUGUCUUUCUUCCCAUUCAGUUGGGGUCCCAGGAUUUGCAUUGGCAACAAUUUUGCCCUAAUGGAGACAAAAAUGGCUCUGGCUAUGAUCCUGAGAGCCUUUUCCUUUGACCUGUCUCCUUCUUACACUCAUGCCCCUUCCUAUGUGCUCACUCUUCAACCUCAGUGUGGGGUUCAUCUCAUGAUGACUCAAAUUAGGAAGGCUUGAUUUUCUGUUGUCAUAUUUUACUUUAUACGUUGUCUUGAUCGUUGAUAGGGUCUGAAUUAUGUAAUGUGAGAUAUGAAUGACUGUGUAAAGGGUGUGGAUUGUAAUUUUCAAAGAUAAAUAUCUGUGUUUGAAUUUUAGUAUAA